AUGAACCAAAUCGAUUAUACGACAACGUCACCACGUUUUUCAGUGACUGAUAACAAACAAUUAGAUGAAGGCUUUACCUAUUUGAACGCACAUGGCUAUGUUGUUAUUAGUGAUGUUAUGAGUCAAGAUGAAGUUAAUAUGAAUAAAGAAUUAUUAUGGAAAUUUAUCGAAAGCGUUUCUAAUAGUACCAUCAAACGUGAUGAUCCAGAAACAUGGCCAAGUUUCAGUUCUCAUGGUGUUAUCAAUGGACUUGGUAUUGGUCAAUCAGAGUUUCUAUGGAGUGUUCGAUCGAAUCGCCAAGUCAAAAAUAUUUUUGCACGUUUAUGGAAUACUCGUCAAUUGCUUGUAUCAUUCGAUGGAUGUGGUGUCUAUCGAGAUUGGCGUUACAAUUCGACUUGGAAAACAAAUGACAGUUGGGAUCAUGUAGAUCAAAAUCCGAAAUUGAAGCCCGAUCGUUGUUGUAUUCAAGGUAUUGUGUCAUUGACUGAUCAAAAUCAACGAAUAAGUGGUCUUAUUGUGUAUCCACGUACACAUUUACGGUUUACUGAAUUAUGGGAUAUAACUAAGAAUUCGAGGGAUUUUGUUCAAGUAUCUUCUGAUCAUGCGAUUACCCUAGUGAAACUACUCGUCAAGCGAGGUAUGGAUCAAGGCCGAACACGUGGUAAACUCGUUCAUUAUCACGCAGGUGAUCUUAUCCUUUUUGAUGGUCGUCUUGUUCACUGUAAUUCACCUGCUACUGCUAUUGAAGAACGACGUCCAAAUGAACAUGUUGACCUAUUACAUUACGUAUUGCUGUAUAUGUGA